AUGCCAUCCAUUGAAAAAGACUAUGGCUUUCUAAGGAAAUGUUUUGAAGAGAUGAAAGAGGGGGCUAGAGUGGAGAAUUUUGAAGGAAGUGAGUUUCGAUAUGUAGCAUUUGUCUAUGAGCAAGCUAUGAUUUUUGCUAUUGAGGAAGUAAAUCAAAGUUAUGACCUGCUACCCAAUUUUACUCUGGGGUACCAGAUAUAUGAUUCGUGCUAUGCACUGGCAAAAUCCUUAGAGGGGACCUUUUGGUUGCUUAAUGGACAGGAGAAUUCAUUUCCAAAUUAUUUCUGUCGGUUACGGUCACAGAAUUCAGUGAUUAUUGGAGACUCCUCAUCAGAAAGGGUUAUUGCUAUGGCUAGAAUUCUAGGACUCACCAGAUAUCCACAAAUCAGUUAUGCUGCAUCAGUAUCCACUCUAAGUGACAAAGUUCAGUUUCCUUCUUUUCUGCGAACGAUGUCCAGUGACACUUUUCAAUCGGCUGGCCUUGCACAGAUGAUGCUGUACUUUGGCUGGUCAUGGGUUGGGAUUUUGGCUUCUGACAAUGAAUAUGGAGAGGUGGGCAGCCAGGUGAUAAGGGAAAUACUUGUGAAACAAGGAGCAUGCCUGGCAUUUCAAGAAAUUCUCCCAGCAAUUUAUUCAAAGUCAAAGAUUACCUACCUGCUAAAUGUAAUUAAGACAACAUUAGCAAAUGCAAUCAUGAUCCUUGCAAGUGAUGCCAUUAUGAAUCCAAUUAUUUCAGAACUUUCAAAUCAUAACAUUAGAGGAAAAGCAUGGGUUGCAAGUGAGGCCUGGUCAACUCAUCUCAGCCUCAGCAGGAAGGAUUUUGCACCUAUUCUGCAAGGCACAGUGGGAUUUGCAGUUUCUAGUGGUGUGAUACCUGGCUUUAAAGAACAUCUUUCUAACAUUCAUCCAUCUAAGAGAGGUAAUGACAUCUACAACAAACUGUUUUGGGAAGCUGCAUUUCAAUGCAGAUUUCCUGUCUCGGAAGAUGAUUCUCUUACAGCAAGCAAUAAAAGUGAUACCACUAUUAAGACAUGUUCAGGGAUGGAAAAACUUGAAACUGUGUUUGCUUCCUUUUUUGAUAUGAAUAACCUCAGACAGGCCUACAAUGCAUACAAAUCUCUUUAUGCAGUUGCACAUACAAUACACAAUCUUGUAUCGUGCACCAACACCUCUGGAACUUUUGUUAGUGGAUCAUGUGUACCUUAUUUGAACUAUAAGCCAUGGCAGCUAUUUCACCUUAUUAAGAAUGUCCGCUUCCAUAUGAAAAACAGUCCUGAUGAGGAAGUCUAUUUUGACAAGAAUGGAGAUACACCAGCAAGCUAUGAUAUUAUGAACUGGCAAAUGGAUAGCAAUGGAUCCAUUAAGUUUGUUAAGGUUGGCAUGUAUAAAAAUGGUGAAUUAUUCAUCAAUAAAAGCAUCAUAGUAUGGAAUGGGGGGCAGAUUCAGAUUCCAGUUUCAGUUUGCAGUAAAAGCUGUACUGUGGGUUAUCGAAAAGCCACAAGGCAGGGCCAGCCAGCUUGCUGUUUUGAUUGUAUACCAUGUUCAGAAGGAGAAGUUUCAAAUGGAACAGGCAUAACUGACUGUCUAAAAUGCCCUGAUGAACUAUGGCCAAACAGCAGAAGAGACAAAUGCAUUAGGAAAACAGUGGAAUUUCUGGCAUAUGAAGAUUCCUUAGGUUCAGUACUGACUUCAGCAACAACUGUUCUUAUUUUACUUAACAGCUUUGUAUGCAUAACAUUUGUUAAAUUUCAUCACACUCCUGUUGUCCGUGCAAACAAUCGCAAGCUCAGCUACAUUCUUUUGUUUGCACUUAUGCUUUGCUUUCUAUGUGCGUUUAUAUUCAUUGGUCAGCCUGGAAACGUGACUUGUAUCCUACGUCAGACCAUGUUUGGCAUUAUUUUUACUCUCUGUGUCUCAUGUGUGCUUGCAAAAACAAUCAUGGUUGUUAUCGUUUUUAAGGCAACAAAUCCACACAGCAAUCUAAGAAAAUGGCUUGGGUACAAGUUACCUUCAGGUAUUAUAUUCUUUGGGACACUCAUUCAGUUUGUGAUUUGCAUAAUUUGGUUGAUUUGUUUUCCACCUUCCCUGGAACACAAUCUGAAAACCAUAACUGGAAAAAUCCUGAUUGAAUGCAAUGAUGGCUCAUUAUUUGCAUUCUGGUGCAUGCUGGGAUACAUAGGGAUUUUGGCUAGUGUUAGUCUUGUGGUAGCCUUUCUAGCUAGGAAGUUGCCUGAUGAUUUCAAUGAAGCUAAGUUCAUAUGCUUUAGCAUGUUGGUGUUUGUCAGUGUCUGGUUAUCCUUCAUCCCAGCAUACCUCAGUACCAAAGGAAAAUACAUGGUCGCCUUAGAGGUUUUUGCCAUCUUGUCUUCAAGUGCUGGCUUAGAAGUUUGCAUCUUCAUCCCCAAGUGUUACAUCAUAAUUUUCCGACCUGAUCUGAAUACAAGGAAAACAAAUGUCAGCAAGCAGACUUAA